UGAAUUUUUUUAGCAGAAAACUCGUUGAGAUUUCUUAACUUUAUUAUAAGACUAAAAUCCACCAGUUUAUUGGGUUUUUGCUUUCUCCCACUUCUUCUUUUCUGAUGGGCUACCCAUGACAUUCGGAAAUGCAGCACUGUUUUUCAUCGCUUUAAUGCAAAUACACACCAAGUACUAUACCAAUUUUAGUUUUCUAUAUUUUAUAUUAAAUAAACUUAAUUAUUUUAAAUAAAAAUAUUAUCAAAAUGAAGUGUUAAUAGUGCUUAUCAAAGAGAACCAACAUAUCGGCAAAUAACUAUGGAAAUAACUUACAACACCUUUCUGUAACAAUACGACUUUUAAAAUAAAAAGAAUAGAAUAUUGUGAACGUCAAAAUGUCCGCCAAAAUGAGGUGUAUAUUUGCACUUCUUUUGCUUUUUAGUUGUGACGCAGUGCUACUCAGCGAGAUUGGUAGCGGUGCAACAGAUACGGUUCCGAAAGUAAAACGAAUUAAUCACACCAAUAUGAAUGUUCCUGUAUUGUUAAGUAAUAUUAGUCUUAAUGUAAACCCAAAAAUAACUACUCAAUUUCCAACUGUGACGAAGGACUUUGUCACAGUGAAUGUCAAUGCAUUGCCUGUGCCCUUGGCAGCCCCUGCAACUAGCGCUUCAGUUGCGCCACAAAAAGUGCCUUUGACACACAAUAUAAGUGAGCCCGUGAAUGUUGGUACUGUAGUAAGUGGUACUACGGGCUCCUCAGUUCCUGCUUCAUCUUUUGGUCAAUCUUCGGCCAACGUGUUUUUCAUGAACUACCUUAGCCAACAGAACGUGUUGGAACUUGUGCGCAAUAUUGAUUCGCGACUACGAAUUAUACGUAAUGUAGAAAUGCGGGUUGCGACCAUUCAGGAGUUAUUCGAUUCAUUGCAUUUUAGCGGCGGUAGCGCUGCGCUGAACAUGGCUGCACUGAAGAACAAUAGCGAGCCGCAAUACAGCAGUGUUUCGGCAACGCUGCAGCAUGAUCUUGAAAUAUUCAGUAAACGGCUGGCAAAGAAACUGCAAACGGCGACGCAUGUAGUGCGAGAGUUGCACGAUUUCUUUCGUUUUAACAUUACAAAAGUUCUACUGCAACAGCAUUUACAAGCGACAGAAUAUGAUGAUGAAAAUGACGAGGUUGAGCGAGACGUUGAUUUGGAACCAGAUGAUGAUGAUGAUGCUGUUGAUGAUGAAGAAAGUGAAAUUGAUAACGACGAAGAUGAAUUUGAUGUAGAAAUUAAUGAUUUAGAUAGUUUAGUUGCUACAGGUGAAGGAAUACGAAAUAUGCAUAUGCAUUUGCACACAUGUAUACAAGCUUUUCAAACUAUAGCUGGCGGUAGAAAAGUAAAUUCGGUUAGCGAAUCAAAUUACAACAAACAACAAAUACAAAUACUUAACUAUCUAAAGACUGAUUCAUCACCCGCUAAACAUCAUCAAACACAAUACUAUCAACAAUUCGAUCAGGGCAACUAUUUCACGGAUGAGGGUUCCUUUGAAGGGCGUGCCAAUGUGUACAUACUCGAAAAACUACAAGCACUGAAGAGUUCGUUAAUGAAAAGUGAUUUUACGAUUGAACUUCCUAAGAUAUCCGCUAAUGUACGCAACACGGGUCCAGCAACUACAACAGAAACUAAUUCGAAACUGAAAUUCCUUGGAAAUCACUUUAAACACAUAUUUUUUCUAUCACGCAGUGAUAACGCUAAUGAAUUGACUGCACACUAUUAUGACGAGAAUUAUUUUCAGCAGUUAUAUGUAUCAGCAAUAAAAAAUAAAUACUUAUUUCUGUUAAUAGACGUUGGAUCUGCAAUGAAUAUGGAAUUGUUAGAGCUAACGAAAGCAUUAAUUGCCAAUAUUUUACAACUACUCUCGCCCACCGAUAGAAUAUCCAUAGUAACCGUAUCAGAUGAGGCAAACAUUAUGCCAUUCGAUAUAUAUUCCAACGAAGCGGCCACAGGCGUGUUUUACGCAACACGCGCACGUAAAGAGGAAAUCCUGAAUCACAUUCAUACGCUAGUGGUGACUAAGGGCCAAACAAAUCACUCGCUGGGCUUCGAGUAUGCUUUUCAAAUGAUAUAUCAACUGCAAAAUGCCAGUGUGAUAUCCGAACUUAACCCUAUACAAUUUGUUUAUGUCACCCGUGGUCUACUCACCAAUCUCUCAGAUACUAUGCAAGUACUUCAAGUAAUUGCCAACGGUCAACGUCAAUUAUUAGAACCGAUCAUCAUACAUACCUGUGCCGUGGUCACGGAUGAAAAGCGUAUAAUGUAUGAAAAGCAAUUUCUUGCUGAUAUUGCCACACAAAAUUACACAAAGUACAAGAUUUCAGUAAACGAGUGGUGUGAAAGUGAAUGUGAACCACAGCAGUUAGCUGGUAGAUUUUUUGUGCUCACCAAAGCACAAACAGAUGAAUUGAUGCGCUUGAGCGUAGCCUUAUUCCAACACACAUUUAGAGAAAGGUACUUGAGUGAGAGUUUUGAGGUACAAUUGCCUAUGGUGGAGACUACUAGUGGAGAUGCUAUUGUCUCUGUGACACAUGCUGUGCCACCUUUCGGUGUCAUAGGGGUAAACCUUUAUCUAACCGACUUAAUAGAAGAUGUAAUAAGUUACGGACAACCAACGCAAAAUGCCAAUAAAAAUGAGUAUAGUUAUGCUUUCCUCAUUGAUCGUAACGGCAUAACAAUUGCUCAUCCGGCAUUUCCACGUCCCAUGGCACAGCAACAAACACCUUUUCCUGUGGAUAUUGCAUUUUUGGAAAACUCUACAGAUUUUGCUUAUACGAGGAGAUUAAUUUUGCACGAUGAACACGGAAAUCUGACAACAAGUGUCUAUCUCACCAGGGAUCGCAAAAUUGAGUCUUUUGAGCGUAUCUAUCAGUGGCAGUCCAUAUUAGGCAUAUAUAUAUUAUGCCUCGUGUCUACUUUUAAGCCAGAAAUAGCAGCCAUUAAUUCAACAACAUCUGCAAGCCUCGAAAAUGCAAUGCGUUUAGCAACUCCACAAGUGCCCCCAAGCUUACCGAUCAGCCUACAGCGUUACAAUGUGGUUAAAGACAAUAUGCCCCGCUUUCACAAUGACUACGAGUACCUUGGGGGCAUGGAUUUGCUUUAUCAUCGUCUUGACUUAUUACCACCAUCAAGUAGCCAAACCUGUCGUUUCUUUCGACAAGUUGCUACCAUGGAAACGCCCACAUUAUUCCUAAGUGCCUCCGCGUUCAUGUCGCCGUUCACCUUUUUGCAUAACAAUCGCGUGAACUCACCACGGGCGCAAAUACGUACAGUCGAGAGUAUAAUGGCCUACUUAAAAGACACCACUGGCCUUCUGGCAAAUCCAGGCCUGCGGCCACAAAUUCGAAAAGAGGUGAGUGCACUAUAUAAUGCCAUGCAACAUUUGAAGAAACGCCAUCAGGACGCACGUGGCACGCUUAAGAAUCACAUUAUACGUCGAUACAUAGCCAGUGUGAAUGGCGUGCUUCAAGUUUACCCAGGUUGUCUACUCAGCACAAACUAUGACCCCACCCGUCGGCCAUGGUUCCGAAAGGCUUUACAACAGCCUGGUAAAAUUAUUACAACCGAACCUUAUUUAGACGCAGGCGGCGCGGGUUAUAUCAUCACAAUUGCUCAUACGAUUUUUGAAGGAAAAUCUAACGCUUUACACUCAGUCGAACGUGAUCAACCGGUUGCUAUUGUUGCCCUAGACCUGCCAUACGGAUACUACUAUAGAAUGAUAAUUGAUUCAACUCCCCUGUGUCAAAUGAAGCAUAUCAAGUGUCUCCUCUUCGAAAACGAAGGUUAUCUUAUAGCGCAUCCGAGUAUGCUGGAGCCUAGUACUCUGCUACGAAAUCAACGACGACCACACGAGCAUCUCACACACAAGGAAUCCUAUCUAGCUAACGACAUUCUCAACCAUAAAUCCUUAGUACGUAAAUUGGCUUGCGCCAACUACCAAAACCGCACACUUCAACGGUAUUAUGUUUUUAACACCUCGCUGAGCGAUAUUCUAACAAAUGUAGUGCAUGGCGAACGCACAAAAUACGCAAUCGCGUUGGUAUAUGGAAGUAAUUUAUUUGCUGCGGUACUUAAUUCCACCUGCGACGGUGGUGCCUUCUGUCCCUGCAGCACAAUUGAUCGUAUUUGUUUGAAUUGCAAUCGAAUGGAUCAGAUGGACUGCGAGUGCCCUUGUGAGUGUCCCAUGGAAAUGGAUGUAUUUAAUGGCGAUGUUGAGGUCGGACACGCUGACAGCUCACAAACGACUAUCGAACGUUACCUUAACUAUACCCAGCAGUUUUCAUAUUGCGAGCCGCCGAGUGAACAUUUUAUAGCGCUGCCAGCCGUAAGUGCGGAGUACCAGCUGAUGCAUUCAUGCGUAAGCAUAAACUGCGACGUUUAUGGAACACAAAGCGAAUGCCUUGGUGUGAUGGGCUGCGAGUGGUGUCAGCAAGAUCUGGACGGAAAUGGUUUCACAGCUUCGUUUUGUGUUGCGCAAGCGUCUUGUUUUAAUGGUGUACUGUCCUCUCUAACACCAUAUGGCGAUUUGGACGAUGUGGAUAUAAUCGCCGCACAUAGCUAUAAUCCUGGGCAGAAGCCGAGCACAUAUUCCGCCUUCGGCCCGGUUGGCGGCGCCAUCAUUGUACUAGGCAUCGUUAUAGGAUUUGCCAUAUAUUGUUAUCGCCACAACAUGGAUUCACAAUCGCAGGAUCAGUUCUAUGUUGACUCUAUGCAAGAAGAAAAUUACGGGCUACCACUAUCACGCUUCAAUUUUGACGACUGUCAAACACAUGACGAACCGCCCGGUGGCAACGGCGGUUAUGAUCAUCCAUCGGCCCAGCGCAAUCUCAUACAUCCCGCCGACAUAUCACCCUAUCAUAUGUCCACAGGCAGUAGUUAUCGACGACCGCCCAAUGGCGAGUCGGAUCAUGGUUACUCAACAAUGACGCCACACGAAGAUUCAUCCGAUCAUCAAUGUUUCGCAUUAGCAGAACCACUAUUACUGCACGACAAACGACACAGCAAAUCGGAUACAAUGUCCAUAUCAACAUCAAUAUCAAGUCCAACAAAUCGUCAUCAUCAACCACAUUGUCAAAAUCCAUAUCUUAAUCAUCCGGCGCCGGCGCCAACGCAAGCUAAAGAUCGCUAUCAAAUAAACUCACCGAAGAAGUACCAGCAGGCGGUGACGCCAUCGCGACAAAUGAACGAUAGUGGUCCAGUUUAUGGACAGACUACACUACCGUUGAACGACUCUUCGGAGGACUGUAUGCCUGCGCCGCGUUACAUAUUAGCGCCGGUAACUGUGCAUCGGCAUAUGGAACCGACCGAAUCGUAGUUGCCCUGAGGGCAGUGUAUCAACGAUGUUUCAUAAGAUGACACUAACAAUUUUUCAAUUGUUAUACGCAUAGUUUUCAUAUCCUGGUGCGUAUGUUAAAGUAUUAACACAAUAAUUCUUUUUUAUUUUUAUUUAAUGUAAGAGUAGGUUUUGAUAAUCUUAUAAGUAAGGCGAUGAGUAAUAAGUAAAAUAAAAAAAUAAAAAAAUUAAAAAUAAUACUUCCAUAUGAUUACUUGUUAAAAAAAAUAUAUAUUAUUUAAUUUAAUGAUUAAGUUAAUGCAUCCACUUGAUUGCCAAUUUAGUGUUUAAGUUAAAAAAUAAUGAAUAUGUAGUGUAACUACUCAGUGUUAUCAGCUGCCGUCUUUUUUUUUAAUUUGUAUAGCAUUAAGUUUUAAUUUAAAGUAUUUAUGUAAUAUACGAGUAUAUGCUUAAGCUGUCAUAUAUUGAAUGUUGCAUUUAUAUCUAUGCUGUUACUAGUUACCUACAAACACAUCACAUACCGUCACUACCUGCAGAAGAAAACUAUUUAUAAUACAUACAUACAUACAUACUUUUUAUUGUAAUUUCUAUAACACUUAUGUGAAAGUGAAAUUAUUAUAUAUAUAUUUAUAAGCUUUGGUCUUAACAAGCCUCUUUAUAACUUUAAUUUUUUAUAUAUCAAUAACACAUACACACACACGCUAUCUACUUGACUGCCUGUUUGUUAGCUUACCAAAAAGCAGUAAUCAAUGUUUUCCAUUAUAAUUAAAUAUACAUACAUGCGUGCACGUCAAACUCAACACAAAAACAUAAAUUAAUGGUCACAUCUCGACAUUGCAUAAAUUGUGGAAGUAUAUAAAUAACCAUGCAAUAUGUAUAACGGCAUUUAUUGUACUCUAAAAAGUCAGCUCAGCACAAAUCUGGUGAUUUCGGCGUAGCUUGACGUGAAAUUUAAAUUGAUGUCGUCGUUUUGAGAUUUACUUUUAUUGAAACUUAUUGUUUCAUACUUUUUAACACACGAAAAUAGUUUUCCUAAAAUAAUUACAUUUAAGAAAUAUAAUUAUUAAACAUAUUUAAGUUAAGUUUAUGUACUUAUGAUAAAAGCUUAUAUUAAGUAAAUACAUACAAAAAAAUAUACACACACACACACCU